UUGCUGAACGCCAUCUUUAAACCCCACAAGAGGCCAGCUACAGUUGUACACCGGGAUGAAAAACACCGUCCCUUCAGCGGGAUAUAAGUUCACAUCGCCGAGAUGGUAUGAUUGUUACCCGGUUAAGGACGCAGUAAGGAACUGUCCGAUGGGACUGUGAGGAAACGGUCACGGGACAUCGCGACAGCCUUAAACUGUUGUUAUCAGAGGCAGACAACAACAAUAGACGGAAAGACAACAACAACGGACUAGCUCGCUAACUCGCUGGCUAGCAUCUUGCCAAGCGCUGCGCUGUUUUCGAGUGCUAACUGAAAGCUAGCUAACGUUAGCUACUUCAUUAGCAAAUCUGUCCGAUUGCGGUGAAAUUUGAGCGGACGCUGCUUAUAGCUGGCGCUGGGUAUCCAGCCACAUCUACCGGGACAGUCCGUCAUCUCUUUGCCACUUUUUAAACCAAUUUCGUGCUGGAAUUUGCGUUGUGGCAUUAGCUAGCUAAAAGCUAAGUCCCGACUUCUCCCCCUCCCCAGCGGCCCAGCCGGAGAUGCGUGGAAGAUGUCGGUGUCGGGGCUGAAGGCCGAACUGAAGUUUUUGGAGUCAAUUUUUGAUCCAAACCACGAACGCUUCAGGAUCAUUGACUGGAAGCCUGACGAGCUGAGCUGCCAGUUUAAUGUAACUGGGGAAAAGCUGUUAAUUAUCCACUGUAACAUCACGGAAUCUUAUCCAUCUACGCCGCCAAUAUGGUUUGUGGACUCUGAUGACCCGAGCUUGGCGCAAGUUUUGGAGAGGUUGGAGGAUGUGAGAAAAGGCAGCACCCUGCUUUUGCAGCAGUUGAAGAAACUCAUUUGUGACCUUUGUCGGCUGUACAACCUUCCCCAACAUCCAGAUGUGGAGAUGCUGGACCAGCCCCUGCCUGCAGGCCCUGUGGGACAAGACCGAAAGCAUGGGACAGAAGAGGUCACAUCUGAAGAAGAGGAGGAGGAGGAGAUGGGAGAGGACAUAGAAGAUCUGGACCACUAUGACAUGAAAGAGGAGGAGCCCGUGGAUGGUAAGAAAUCCGAGGAUGACGGCAUUGAGAAGGAGAAUCUGGCCAUCCUGGAGAAGAUCCGAAAGAACCAGAGGCAGGACCACUUGAAUGGAGCUGUGUCUGGUUCAGUGCAAGCCUCUGACCGCCUGAUGAAGGAGCUUAGAGAGAUCUACAGGUCUCAGAGUUACAAGACAGGCAUCUACUCAGUCGAGCUUGUCAAUGACAGCCUGUAUGAGUGGCACGUCAAACUAAGGACGGUCGAUCCAGAUAGCCCUUUGCACAGUGAUUUACAAGUCCUAAAGGAAAAGGAAGGAAUGGAUUACAUUUUACUAAACUUCUCAUAUAAAGAUAAUUUCCCCUUUGAUCCACCGUUUGUCCGGGUGGUGUCUCCUGUGCUUUCUGGAGGUUAUGUUCUUGGAGGAGGUGCCCUGUGCAUGGAACUACUCACCAAACAGGGCUGGAGCAGUGCCUAUUCCAUUGAGUCUGUCAUCAUGCAGAUCAAUGCCACUUUAGUCAAAGGAAAAGCCAGAGUGCAGUUUGGAGCCAAUAAAAACCAGUACAAUCUUGCCAGAGCACAGCAGUCCUACAAAUCCCUGGUUCAGAUCCAUGAAAAGAAUGGCUGGUACACACCCCCUAAGGAAGACGGCUAAAACACUCUUGCCUUUCCUGCAAUGGGACCACAUGUCUUCGACUUUCUUUCCCCCAUUUGCGACCAAUUUCUCUUUUUUUUUUUUUUUAUCCUGCAAACCAUUUUGUUCUCUACAUGAGAGUUUGAACUCCAAACCAAAUUCCUCAUUCAGUGACAUCGCAGAUACUAGCACACCCAGACACACAUGCCCCCACCUGAAAUGUACAUCCAAGCUCAUCAGCUACUCAGCUAAGAGUGUCCUCUCUUCAGAUAUUUAUCUCUCUGUACAUCUGUUAUCUUAUACAAUCUAAUUUUUCCAUUGCGACAUUCAUCCCGUACUCCAGGAAAAUGGCGGACUAAAUAUUGCGUAGUCACCCUUUGGUUUUGGCGUUGGGCAUGCCAAGGUUACUUGCUGGCUGUGAGUUGAAAGGUGCGGCAUGGCUUUAUCCAGCAGUCUGACGCUCCAGUCGCCGGACACUGCCUCUCUGGCCACAGACAGGAUCUGAGAGUGGCAUAUGACAUUCCCUGAUACAAUACAGUGGUGGCUGGGAAGGACAUUUAAAUGCUGGUGGUGGGAAGAACCACUGCCUUUUCUCUCCAUGGACGGCCUGUGUAAUAUUGUGCUCAUGUAUUAUCUUUGUAAUGCCAAGAUCCCUCCUCUGGAAUAACAUGCUUCUGAGGCUAGCUUGCUUUCAAACCUCUUUAUCUUUUAAAGCUUGAAGCCCUGAGGUGGGGAGGAAGAGACUUGUGCAGCCUGGGGUGGGACAGCACAUAAUAAAGAACAGCGUUCCGCUGAGCUCCAAAAGUUGGAGACCACUGUCGUCAUCAUCAAUAACCAGCAACUGGACAACUCCCUGCAGGAGAGGUUUGGUGUGUGGCUAGGCUGGCAACACAAGAAACAUGACCAGGCAAAGCAGGGGCGUGUUUGGAUUUGAUCACACUGUAAUGUAGUUGAUUUUAACUCCACGUGUAAACAUGUAAAUUUGUAUUUCUGCAAAAGGAUUUAAUUGUUUAUAAUGUAACCUUGUCUGGGUCUUUGGCUGGGCAGAGACUGUAUUACUAUAUACCCUUGACUAUUAACAGCAGGGGCACUGCAAGACCCAUUUAGAAUAAGAAAAAGUUGCUUCAUGGAUACUCUUGCAGAAGGAAACAAAAGUACGCCAUGUUCUUAUGUAAGCUUAAAGACUACUGCGGUUUUGUUCUUUUUUUUUUUUUUAUAUUGAUUUGUAAUCCUCAUGUUAUUGGCAACAUUGACAGUACCAUUCCCCUUAUUUGAUGGCACCUCUUAAUUACAAUGGCCGUAACAAUAAUGGCAUAGACACAGCUGUUUUCUGGCAUUCCAGAGGUUUGGCUUUUCAUAUCUAAUCACUCAAACCGGACGAACCUCAGUAAGACUAUGCAGUGAAGACACAGUCUUGUGGAGUUUUGUUGUGCUGAAGAAAAUUAGUCUUAACAGUGUAGUCACCUGCUUAGUUCUUGUAGCCGGUUCACAUCCUGAGCACUUUGCCAAUCUUGCAGUCAUAACAGUCUGGGGGGGGGGGGACCUUUAUCUGCUGACUUUUCCUUGACCUCAUGGCUGGCUUUGAACUGCAGCCAGAGUUUCAAAUUCACAGCAAUAGUCUUGACCAUAUACCUUCUGGCUUCACACCUGGGAAGAUCGACUGGAGUCUGUUCCGUUUCCUGAAUAUUUGCGUAGGUUUGAUAAAUAUUUGUUCAGAUUUGCCACAGGAAGGACCCAGCUCUUCCCAUUACCACCUCUCUGGUUACUAUUCAUAACCACUCUCGGCACUGCUGUACCCCUCAGUGUGCUGGGUCUUUGAUGUAAUGUGAAUAAUAUGCAGAAAACUGUGUGGAGCAUUCCAAUUAAUGCAGUUACACGUUUGUUGUGGGUGUUCUAUUGUGUGGUUACUUGCAUUGUUUUAAGUAUAUUGUCCUGAAAAACCAGCAUAGAAAGCUUAGUUAUGCUAACUCAUACAGACAUUCCUCGUUUUUGAGUUGAUUUACAAUUUUCUCACGGAUGUUAACCUCAGUCACAACACGAACAUCUUCAAAAACCGGUAGAUGGGUACAAACAAACCGCUUUUCAUGCUCGGCACACGUCUGACAUUGGAUUAGACUUGCAGGGUAUGUAACUAGUGUCACUCUCCUUUCUUGUCUCACCGCAAGCAAGAUCUCAACAUGACUAUGGAUCAUUGGCAUGGUUGUUAGCUGUUGUGCCAUUGGUAACGUACUAAUCACUUCAUUCUGGUCACAUUGUCGAACCCACCCCUGCAUUCUCUGGAGAAGCAAACUCAGGAAUACAUACUGCACACUCGACUUAGCAAAGGAUUGCUUCAGAAUAUCGUCACAAAAUGCAAGAUUGAAUGUGUCAAUCUUUUUUUGGGUCAUUUUAAAAACGACGUCCCUGUUUUACCAGUAGGCAUCGCAGUGUGUUUUGCUGUCGACUUGCACACACUUAGAAUUUGUGAAUGUUGAGGUUGAUAAAUUAAUUAAUUACUAAGCAAGUUUUUUUUGGAAUGAUCAGAUAUGUGGAGCAAGGAUUUGCUCCCACCCUCGCGUUAUCUUGCGCUCGCUGAGGGGUUCAGAAUACGUCUGCCCUGUGUCUUUGAUAUUGCUGUAUUUUGCAUGUCAAUAUAUCAAUGGGUGUUUUUCCCCCAAGCUACUGAAGGGAAAGAGCGGUUGGGUAGAGUGGUUAAUAAGAAUAGAUGUAUCAGUUUUUCAUGAAUUGUUUACUUAACUUCCUGCAUCAGUGCACAGAAUAAUUUCUCUGUGUUCCACUUAUUGAACCAGGUCAGUAACUAUCUGAGACACAUAGACUUAUUCUACCUGCUUGGAUUACCUUUUUUAAAAAUGCCAGGAUGCCCAACAAAAGUAGCAGUUCAGAUUUGUGUGCCAUCAGAACAAUUGUAAGCCCGCAUCUUUAACCUGACCUUUGGAAUAAUGGUGUGCUCAAGUCUGUUGUGCACUGAAUACAGCUUCUCUCCCACCUACUCAAUGUUGUCUGACUAACACAAACCUCUGCUUUGGCGAGCGACAUAUUGGGUCUGAGGUCUGAAUUAGCCUGAUUAUGGGUUCUUUACCUUGCUUCAUUAACUGCAGUGGCCGGGUUAUAAAGUUAUGCACUGUUAGCAUGCUUUGGUUUGGUUUCAUUUUUUUUCCAUUGCAAGGGUGAUUUUGACCAUGUAAAAUAAUUUGUAAACUUGCAUCAAGUUUAUGAAUAAAGAAUUUUAUGAAAUA